GGCCUUCAUUGGAAUCAUUUAUAAAUAUGAAAAAUCUUGACAGGUUCUCGCAAUAGGGUAGGAGAUGGAGACAUUGGAAAAUAUGCUUUUUGAAGCAGCAGCUGAGGGAAAUGUGAAUUCUUUGAAGAAGCUGCUUCAAGAAGAUCCAAUAAUUCUUGAUAGAGUUAUAGUUAAUAGUUACUCUGAUACUCCUUUGCACGUAGCAGCAAUAUUGGGACAUAUCGAUUUCGUGAAGGAAAUCUUAAGACGAAGACCUGAAUUUGCACGAGAAUUGAAUUUAUGCCGAUCAUCGCCUCUUCAUUUGGCAUCUGCUAAAGGUUAUAUCGAGGUAGUUAGAGUGUUGUUAUCAGCUGAUCCUCGAAUGUGCCUAGCUCGAGAUAGUAAUGGGCUGACGCCUCUCCAUCUGGCAGCCAUCAAAGGCCGGAUUGAAGUUGUGAAAGAGUUGGUUCAAGCAAAUCGUGAUGCAGCUCAAGUGAUCGUGGGUCAAGGGCAGACUAUUCUGCAUUUGUGUGUGAAGUACUAUCAGAUUGAGGCCUUAAAGCACUUGGUGAAUACCAUUAGAGAUCAAGAUUUCACAAAUUGUAAAGAUAGUGAUGGAAACACUAUCUUACACUUGGCAGUAGCUGAUAAACAAGUUGAGACAGUUAACUUUUUGCAUGUGGAGUCUACAAUAGAAGUUAAUGCUCAGAAUCUUCGUGGAAUGACAGCAAUGGAUGUUUUGAUCCGUAGUCAAACAGAUUUGAGGGAUGAAGAAAUUGAAGAAUCUCUGAAACGUGCUGGAGCAUUUGCAUCAAUGGAAAACAAUUCAUUAGUCCAAAUUAAUCAUAACAUAACUAGUCCAGGCUCGAAUUUGUCCUAUGAACACCGAGAUUUGUCCUCAAAUGUGAAAAAGAAUGGUAGAGAAAAGAUGACUAAACAGAAAGAUGAUUGGUUGGAGAAAAAACAAAGUGCAUUAAUGGUAGUGGCUUCUUUGAUUGCAACCAUGGCAUUUCAAGUUGGAAUCAACCCUUCGAGUGGAGUAUGGCUGGAUAAUUAUAAGGUUGAAUCACAAGGUCAUACUAUAUCAGUAUCCGAUUCUCACAAGGCUGGAGAAUCCAUUUUCGCUCAUAAUCAUCCAGAGGAUUAUAGACAGUUCUUGAUUGCUAAUACAGCAAGACUCAUUGCAUCACUCAGUAUCAUAUUGUUGUUGAUGAGUGGUUUACCUCUAAAGAGGAGAAUAUUUAUGUGGAUUUUGAUGGUGAUCACUUGGAUUGCAGUUACAGCAGUUGCAAUGACUUAUCUCUUUUCAAUAUCUGUUAUAACACCAGAGAAAGAGAGAGAAAAACAAACAAUUAUAAUUUUGAUUGGGUUAUCAGUUUAUAUAUGGCUUGGCCUCAUGGUUCUCCUACUCAUUGGACACACGAUUCGAUUGCUAAUCAAGAUGGUACGUAAGUUAAUAAAAUGUUUGAGCCCGAAAGAAAGGAUUCAGGGUUCGGGAAUUACAAGUCAUAGCACUAUUUAAGGUGUUGUUAUGUUAUGUCUAGUAAGUUGGAGUAUGAUGUUGAAUGCUUCUAAAAUUCAAAUAAAAAAUAAAGUCCUGCUUAUUUUAGUUUC